AACGCAAACGCUUCUGAUAAGUUACCCAUCGAGAGGACUCGCGAGGAAUCAAUGGCAUCCCUGCAAGACAGUUCUCCCUUCCAAGCCGGCGAAGCCAAAGGCCGCGCGGAGGAGAAGACUGGUCGCAUGAUCGAGAAAGGGCGUGAAGCGGCGGAGGCAGCGAAGGGAAAGGCGUGCGAGGCUGCGGAGAAGGCUGGGAGUUACCUUCAGGAGACGGCGGACGCCGCCAGGGAGAAAGCCGCCUGUGCGGACUCCGCCGCACGGGAGACGGCCCAAUCCGGGCAGGAGAAGACGAGCAGCUUCUUGCAGCAGACAGGGGAGAGGGUGAUGGGCGCCGCGGCUGGGGCAGCGGACGCUGUGAAGAACACUCUGGGGCUGGGAGCUGGGAAGGAGGACAGCCAUUAGACGGAAUAUUGAUAGAGAUGGGCUUUGUUUUUGGUUUCCUGCAUUUGAUUAAUUACUUCAUUUAAUUUUGUCGCCGUUGUGCUUUGUUUUUGGUUUGAGUCGUCGAG